CUCUGAAGCUGGGUGUGGUGAGUGGGAAGAGGACAUUUUAGGAGUAGUAAGAUAAAAUGGCGAACCAACCCUCCUGCAAGAAAUUAAAGUCAGACAGUGGGAAUGAGUCAUGUGGAUCCUCUGUCGUGAGCCAAUUGGAAGAUGAGAUUGAGGAUUCUGCAUCUCUGCCGAGUACUAGUAGAGGCUUUGAAAAUGGAAGCAGCAAGAUUAACACAGUAUCCGCUGGAGAUGGCAAGUUUGUUAUCGCAGAGAGAGGACGUCGCAGUGGUCGUAAUUUACAAGAUAUGGGAAUCUUUACCAGGCAAACAAUGGCUCAUGUGAAGGAUCGUAAAACAGGUACAAGUGGGAUCCAAGUAAAACUUCUGACGAACUUGUUUAGCCUUGGUGUGUCCAACCAAUGGUGCCUGCAUCAGUAUCAUGUUGAUUUCGAUCCAGCUUUCACCUCCAGAGCUCUGAAAACUGCCUUGCUCUACAGUCAUGAGGACAUCCUCGGGAAAGCCAGGGCUUUUGACGGUGCCACUCUCUUCCUGCCUCGUAAGCUGCAAAAUAAAGUUACAGAGUUUUCCAGUACUACCAAAAAUGGGGAACUUGUAAAAAUAACGGUCACGCUGACAAAUAAACUGCCACCAGGCUCGCCAGUCUGCAUUCAGUUUUUCAACAUUAUCCUCAAGAAGAUUCUUAAGAGUCUUUCCAUGUACCAGGUUGGACGGAACUACUAUAGUCCGUCAGAUCCAGUGGAUAUUCCACAGCACAGACUGAUGCUGUGGCCAGGGUUUGUUGUCUCCAUAAUGAAGCUUGAGAAUCAAGUCGUAAUGAGCGCAGAUGUCAGCCACAAGGUUCUCCGCAAUGAAACCGUUCUCGAUUUAAUGAAUGGAUUGUUCUCACGAGUUCCCCAUGAGCGAUUCACUGACGCCUGUGAGAAAGAGGUCCUGGGACAAGUUGUGUUAACCAGAUACAACAAUAAAACAUACCGAGUUGAUGACUUUGACUGGUCUACCAACCCAACACACACGUUUAAGAAAAAGGAUGGCUCAGAGAUUUCAUAUAUCGACUAUUACAAACAGCAAUAUAACCUGUCCCUGACGGACCUGCAUCAGCCCAUGUUGGUGAGCACUCUGAAGAUGAAGAAGACUGACACCUCCGACACUCCACGAGCUGUUCACCUGCUUCCAGAAUUCUGCUACUUAACUGGGCUGACAAGUCGCGCACUUUCAGAUUUCCGCUUGAUGAAGGACCUGUCUUUGGAAACUCAAUUAGAUCCGCAGCGUAGACAGGAGAGGUUGCUGAAGCUGACAAAGAACAUUGAGAGAACCCAAGCGGCCUACUCCGAGUUAGAGAAAUGGGGCAUGCAUCUGGAUAAGCAGGUCUCUCUCACUGGCCGUAUAAUCCCACCAGAGAAAAUCAUGAUGAGGGACAAUAUAUACCAACCUGCGUCCCCUGCUGAUUGGUCCAGGGACACUCGCGAUUCAAGGAUCAUUAGCGCCCAAGCAUUGGAAAACUGGCUCAUGCUUUGCAGUCGCCGUAAUGAGGAUUUGGCUCAGAAUCUACUUUUUAAUCUCAAGAAAGUGGGCUCGGGAAUGGGGCUAAAAGUAGAAUACCCCAAAGUCGUUCAAGUGGAAGAUAACCCAGCUUAUUUUCUGCGGGCCCUGCAGCAGAACACAUCUCCACAGCUUCAGCUGGUGCUGUGCGUGCUUCCCUCCAACCAAAAAGACUGCUAUGAUUCUAUCAAAAAAUUCUUAACUUUGGAUCAGCCGGUACCCAGCCAGUGCGUGCAAAGCCGUACUCUCAGCAAGCAGCACAUGCUUAUGAGUGUGGCUACCAAGAUCGCCAUGCAAAUUAUCUGCAAAACUGGAGGCGAGCUCUGGGCAGUGGAGAUCCCUCUUAAAUCCCUCAUGGUGGUUGGCAUAGAUGUGAAUAAGGACUCAUUAAACAAAGGCCAUUCCGUGGUGGGUUUUGUUGCCAGCACCAAUGCAAGGCUAACAAGGUGGUUUUCACGAUGCAUCAUUCAGAAAACAUCAUCAGAUUUUGCCGAUUGCUUGAAAGUGUGCAUGAAAGGGGCCAUCCAGAAGUGGCAUAAAUACAACAAGGAGUUACCCAAUCGUAUAAUUGUUUAUCGAGAUGGUGUGGGAGAUGGGCAGCUGAAAUUAGUUGUGGAUUACGAAAUCCCUCAACUUCUCAACAGCUUCCAGGAUGUCUCCACAAAUUACAGGCCUAAAAUGUCCGUGGUGGUGGUAAGGAAGAAGUGUAUCACACGAUUCUUCCAGGAGUCCAGCCGAGGAAUCCAGAAUCCAGAGCUCGGAACUGUAGUGGACAAUGAAGCCACAAGACCUGAAUGGUACGAUUUCUACUUAAUAACUCAGAAGGCUCGUCAGGGGACAGUGAAUCCCACAUACUACAACGUACUGUUUGAUGACAAUUGUUUGAAGCCAGAUCACAUGCAACGUUUAACGUACAAGUUAUGCCACCUUUACUACAACUGGCCAGGAAUUAUCCGUGUGCCCGCUCCCUGCCAGUAUGCCCACAAACUGACCUUCCUCGUGGGACAGAGUAUUCACAAAGAGCCCGGUCUGGAGCUUUCAGACAAUCUGUAUUACCUUUAA